UUAGGGGCAUUAAUGAGAGCCCAUUUCCUUAGCGUACUUUUGACUCUUGAAGCCAGAGCGGAAAAUAAAAGCUGCACGCAGGCCAAUUUUCGGAGGACCGAAAUCCCAACGCACAACCAGGAAGCGGCUGGGCUGGGAGCUGUCCCCGGUUCUCCGCUCUGCUCUCGAGGGCACCUGCGGGGUUCCCCGCGCCGCGGUUCCGUGCCCUGCGUGGCCCCCGCCCCCACCUAACCUGCAGCCGGGGCCAGUCGCUCUGGAGCCAGCAUGUCGUCCGACUUCGAAGGCUACGAGCAGGACUUCGCCGUUCUCACGGCAGAGAUCACCAACAAGAUUGCGAGGGUCCCGCGACUCCCACCUGAUGAGAAGAAACAGAUGGUUGCAAAUGUGGAGAAGCAGCUUGAAGAAGCGAAGGAACUGCUUGAACAGAUGGAUUUGGAAGUUCGAGAGAUACCACCCCAAAGUCGAGGAAUGUACAGCAACAGAAUGAGAAGCUACAAGCAAGAAAUGGGAAAACUCGAAACAGAUUUUAAAAGGUCACGGAUCGCCUACAGUGACGAAGUACGGAAUGAGCUCCUAGGGGAUGAUGGGAAUUCCUCAGAGAACCAGUUGAUAAAAUUACGUGAAGAGAGGGCACAUCUGCUCGAUAACACAGAGAGGCUGGAAAGGUCAUCUCGGAGACUAGAGGCUGGAUACCAAAUAGCAGUGGAAACCGAGCAAAUCGGUCAGGAGAUGCUGGAAAACCUCAGUCAUGACAGAGAAAAGAUACAGCGAGCACGUGAAAGACUUCGAGAAACAGAUGCUAACUUGGGGAAAAGCUCCAGGAUCCUGACAGGGAUGUUGCGAAGGUCUAAGCAGUGUAACUUAGUAAAGUGGGAAAGGCAGCUGAAGAAAGAGAAGGGUGAAGAACUGCCUGGUGCCUGGAUCACAGAAUCAUCCAGAACCGCCUCCUGCUCGUCAUCCUGGGCAUCGUCGUGGUCAUCACCAUCCUCAUGGCCAUCACUUUCUCUGUCAGAGGACACUGAUGCAUCUGCUCCCCCGGAUAAACAGCGACGGCGGCCUGUUCUGAGUAAUUAAGACAAAAUGGUCACAUGAAUCAUUCUUCCGCGCUGACAGCCCCUGGGUGACCCCGCUGUUCGGCUGGAGGGCCGGGAGUGUGAAAACGUUUUCUGUUCCGUUUGCAUGCCUGGUUUGUCUUCACCCAGAUUUGUGUGUUGAGGGAAGGUGGAUACUCGUUUGCCUUUUGGUCACUUCCUCCCCUCACCAAAACUGCCCCGGUGCCAUGCUUCAGUACCUUGUAGACCGGCCAGGGCUCGUGGUUUGCCAGAGGGCAUGAGGGGUCAGUCACACACCUCUUGUCACCAAAAAACCCUUCUGUGAUGGCCGAGGAUAAAAAUGCAGACAAAAGCAGAGCCCAGCAAAGGAGCCCUGUCCCCGCCCAGGCGUAAUGAAGACACCAAACUCGCCCGAGUAUUUAUUUUUACAAAGAUGGGUAUUUAAUGUCAGUUGUGCAGGAAAUUGACUUAGCACUUUCCUUGUUUUUCUGUUGCAUAAUUUCUUUCUUUUUUUUUUUUUUUUGGAAACCUAAGAAUAUUUUUUGCUGGACCUGCCCAAUACCCACUUUUCACAACUUUGGCCACUGGCUACGAGAAAUAUUUCCUUGCCUUCCCCCGAUCCCAUCCACUUCAGAAGUUGCUGGCAGAGCGAGCCCUAGCACAGAAUUUAAUUGUGACCUUGUCUUCCCUGACCUGUGUAGGCGUCUCUGUCUGCAUUCGGUUUUAAUAUUUGCACUGCCAAAAGCGGCCCUGCUACAUGCAAAGGUCUGACAAGGUCCCCUCCACACCCAGGCCAGUAUGCAAAGAGGACAUGAAUAUUUCAGCGAGAGCAAGCUCACGGCGCUGUCGGUGUGAAAUUUCCAAUGUGAUUAUAAACGUGGGCGACUCCUAUAGGGUGAUCCACUGGAAAUAAACUUGAAGGAAAAUGUUCACUCACCUCCUUUAAAAGAAUAAGGGAUUGUGACUUGGAUUUUUUUUUCUUUUUACUAACAAUAAUGUCAACCAAGCCUUCCUGAAUUCACUGUGCAUUCAAACCUCUAGCAUGCUUUGUGAUCAUUUUCAUUUCUUUCUGUCUGAGGGAACCUGGAAUCGCGCGCGAAAUGAGCCCAUUUGUGAUCAGGCUUAAAAGUUGCCCAGGCUGAGGCCAUUUUCCCCCAGUCGUAAAGCCAAAUGUGUUUUUCUUAAGACUUCAUAGGCACUUCUGGGGUCCGCUGCACCAACGUCUGAAUGCCAUUGGAAGCUUUGAAUGCCUGAAAAGCAGACUGUUCUCUUUAUAAACAAUGCUAACCACCUGUGCGCAGGGACCAAGGGCACCCAAAGGUAGCACUGGGUUUUUUGGUUUUUUUCUCCCCAACUCAGAAGGGAGAACCAAAGUAGUUUCGUGAGGAAAUGACAGAUGCACCAGAGGAAUGGGUCUUAGCUCCGACGGAUCAUCUGGUGCUGUGUCAGUAGAGCUGCCCUUGACUUUGGAGGGAUGGUGUGGGAUUUAAGCCGAACCAAGUAGGACAGCAAGGCAGGCGGAAGCCUUGCUGAUUCUCCCAUCUGCGUGGGCCCCACCUCAUCCUGCUGAUAGCAGGGUUCUGUAUGGGCUAAUCCCAUGGAGGAAGCCAUUACGAAGCGAGGACGCCCCCUUCCCAUUCUGACACACUAGCAGCCCGUGCGGGCGCUCUGCCAUCCCCUCUGCUGGCCUCCGUUGAAGCUGUGCAUCCUGGCGGGGGUGUGUAAGUGGUCACCCCCUCCAGCUGUCCCGUCCACGAGCUCACAGACUCUUCCCAAGGCCAGCUGGCAGGCCAGGUUGAUCCGAGCAUCUCAAUGUGCCGGCUCUAAGUGUUUCACUAAAACCAGCGCUCGUGUUGAAGCAGACGAAAUGAGAACGAAAAAGAGUGCAUUGUUCACGACUCCGUGGCUCCUUCAACGUCUUUAUCAGCUCUAGGCUGUGAUUUUGUCCCCAGUUCAACCUUGGGAGUGGUAAGGCUAUGAACAGAGAAUUCUUGGCCUAACGGCUCCCUCAAUCCUCACCUAGACCCGGCUGGUGAGCGCCUUGGGAGGAGGCGGGUCAGCAGGGCCCCUGAGUGCCCCCUGCCCGCCACUCUAGGGAGCCCCACAGGAGGCUGGGCGCCUGCCCUCCCCCAUGCUCCACAAUCUGAGAGAGGUUCUAGGUACCUUGUGGGCUCUGCUUGAUGGAUAUUUCCAAAGUCGGGAACCUUUGUUAAAAACGCUGUUGGACAGGAUGGGGUGGGGGUGGGGGGAUGAAGAGGAAGACGUGGAGGAGGAAGAUGGCAAGGAGGCCCUGGCCAUAGAAAAUUCAUGCAGACUAAACCAUUGCCCUGGCAGAAUAAAUAAAGCGAUGAUGCUACCCUGCUCCAGAAUCAAAAGCAACGCAAUUAAAGUCUCUUAAGUUGUAAAGAGUUUUAAAUGUUCCGUGUUGAAGGCGAAGGCCUGCGAACGGGCGGGCGUGACGUCAGCCGCCAGGCUGGGGCUGGGAGCCAUUUGCUAUUCUGUUUCAGGCAGGCUGGAUUGUCUUAUUUUGGAACCAGCUUGGUGGGGGGUUUGCUUUGCUACUGCUUCUGAGCCCUGAGCUUCAAAGGCUGAAAUUAAUGGUGAACAAAAUUGUGCGGCUCUGGCCGUCCCAUGCGGGGCAGGCCCAUUGAGGGUUAUCAUUAAGUAAAGAAAUAAAGAGGGGGAAAAAAGCCUGCUUGCUCCAAAAACCUCAUCAGAUAAUGACCUCAGUGAUUGGGUUUUCAUUUCCAAACAGCAUCCAGAGAUUAUCAGCCCCGAGAAGGAGGGAGGGAAGAAAGGGAAGAGAGAAAGCCACUGUCUUCCUCUCCCUCUUUCUCCUUUUUUUUUCCCCUGCACAUCUUUUCUUUAAAACUGUCAGAUCAUUUCAGUAUUUCAAAUCCGAGGAAAACAGCCUGCCUGCUGCUGUAUUUGAAGUUGUAAUGGUGUCAAAAAGUCACGACUGACUGACAGCCGUCAGUCCCAGAGGGGCUCAUUAAAUCAUAAAAACUUGACAAGGAAAUAAUUGCGCAUCGCCAGCAACUUGGCGCCUGUUUAGACGUUUUUAUUUUCUUUCAUUAUUAGUCUCCAGCAUUACGUUCAUUAACAAAUUGCAUUAAACAACUGUUAAGGGCUAA